GCUCUGGGCCGCGGUGCUGCUGCUGGGGGCGCUGGCGGGCACCGGCGUCGGAGGUUUUGCCAAAUUGUCUUCUGGAAUGGUGGGAGCAGUUUGCCUUCCUACUAGGAUGGGGACGACAAAGACUUGCAGCAGCACCGUUACCUGCUGUCCAUACCCACCAGACAUGAACUGGAGGAGGAGAAGUAGCAGAACUAGAGUGCUGGAUGCCAAGGAGGUCACCAACAGGGCACUGCUGGGCUGAGCCUCAAACAGAGCUUGUGUCCAACAUCUGUACUACACGAGGUGUCCGCUCCUGCCAGCAAUGUCUAGCUGUGAGUCCUGUGUGUGCCUGGUGCUCAGAUGAGGCCCUGCCUCUGGGCUCUCCCCGCUGUAACCUGAAGGAAAAUCUGCUGAAGGAUAACUGUGCCCUGGAAUCCAUUGAGUUCCCCAUCAGUGAGGUCCGCAUCCUGGAGGCCAGGCCCCUUAGCAACAAGGGCUCUGGAGACAGCUCCCAGAUUACUCAAGUCAGCCCUCAGAGGAUUGCACUGCGGCUCCGGCCAGAUGAUUCAAAGAAUUUCUCCAUCCAAGUUCGGCAAGUAGAGGAUUACCCUGUGGACAUCUACUACUUGAUGGACCUGUCUUAUUCCAUGAAGGAUGAUCUGUCGAGCAUCCAGAACCUAGGCACCAAGCUGGCCUCCCAGAUGCACAAGCUCACCAGUAACUUGCGGAUUGGCUUCGGGGCUUUUGUGGACAAGCCUGUGUCUCCAUACAUGUACAUCUCCCCACCAGAGGCCCUCAAAAACCCCUGCUAUGAUAUGAAGACCACCUGUUUGCCUAUGUUUGGCUACAAACAUGUGCUGACGCUAACUGACCAGGUGACCCGCUUCAAUGAGGAAGUGAAAAAGCAGAGUGUGUCACGGAACCGAGAUGCCCCAGAGGGCGGCUUUGAUGCUAUCAUGCAGGCUACAGUCUGUGAUGAGAAGAUUGGCUGGAGGAAUGAUGCAUCCCACUUGCUGGUAUUUACCACUGAUGCCAAGACCCAUAUAGCGCUGGAUGGAAGGCUGGCAGGCAUUGUCCAACCUAACGAUGGGCAGUGUCACGUUGGCAGUGACAACCAUUAUUCUGCCUCCACUACCAUGGAUUAUCCCUCUCUGGGACUGAUGACAGAGAAGCUAUCCCAGAAAAACAUCAAUUUGAUCUUUGCAGUAACAGAAAAUGUGGUCAAUCUCUACCAGAACUACAGUGAGCUCAUCCCAGGGACCACAGUGGGGAUUCUGUCUACGGAUUCCAGCAAUGUCCUUCAGCUCAUUGUUGAUGCUUAUGGAAAAAUCCGCUCUAAAGUGGAGCUGGAAGUGCGUGACCUCCCCGAGGAGUUGUCUCUAUCGUUCAACGCCACCUGUCUCAACAAUGAGGUCAUCCCAGGCCUCAAGUCUUGUGUCGGCCUCAAGAUUGGAGACACGGUGAGCUUUAGCAUUGAGGCCAAGGUGCGAGGCUGCCCCCAGGAGAAGGAGAAGUCCUUCACCAUCAAGCCCGUGGGCUUCAAAGACAGCCUCACCGUCCAGGUCACCUUUGACUGUGACUGUGCCUGCCAGGCCCAGGCUGAGCCUUCCAGUCACCGCUGCAACAAUGGCAAUGGGACCUUUGAGUGUGGGGUGUGCCUCUGUGGGCCUGGCUGGCUGGGGUCCCAGUGUGAAUGCUCAGAAGAGGACUAUCAUCCCUCCCAGCAGGACGAGUGCAGCCCCCGGGAGGGCCAGCCCGCCUGCAGCCAGCGGGGCGAGUGCCUGUGUGGCCAAUGUGUCUGCCACAGCAGUGACUUUGGCAAGAUCACGGGCAAGUACUGCGAGUGUGAUGACUUCUCCUGUGUCCGCUACAAGGGGGAGAUGUGCUCAGGCCAUGGCCAGUGCAGCUGUGGGGACUGCCUGUGUGACUCCGACUGGACCGGCUACUACUGCAACUGUACCACGCGCACUGACACGUGCAUGUCCAGCAACGGGCUGCUUUGCGGCGGUCGGGGCAAGUGUGAGUGUGGCAGCUGCGUGUGCAUCCAACCUGGCUCCUACGGGGACACCUGCGAGAAGUGCCCCACCUGCCCUGACGCCUGCACCUUUAAGAAGGAGUGUGUGGAGUGUAAGAAAUUUGACCGAGGAGCUCUCCAUGAUGAUAAUACCUGCAACCGUUACUGUCGUGAUGAGAUUGAGUCUGUGAAGGAGCUUAAGGAUACUGGCAAGGACGCAGUGAAUUGUACAUACAAGAAUGAGGAUGACUGUGUCGUCAGAUUUCAGUACUAUGAAGACUCCAGUGGAAAGUCCAUUCUCUAUGUGGUAGAAGAGCCAGAGUGUCCCAAGGGUCCUGACAUCCUGGUGGUCCUGCUUUCAGUGAUGGGGGCCAUUUUGCUCAUUGGCCUUGCUACUCUGCUCAUCUGGAAGCUCCUCAUCACCAUCCAUGAUCGGAAGGAGUUUGCUAAAUUUGAGGAAGAGCGAGCCAGAGCAAAAUGGGACACAGCCAACAACCCAUUGUAUAAAGAGGCCACAUCCACUUUUACCAACAUCACCUACCGGGGCACUUAACACCAAGGAGCCAUCCUCAGAUCACUAUCAGUCUGUCCCAGAAUUGUGGACAUCUCUGCUGUCAUGUUUACAGGGAACAGUAUCUGUGGGGCGGGAUUGGGGGCUGGUUGUGGGGUGGGUUGGAGGAACGGCAGCAUGUGGAGGUAUGGCUCUCUGUGUGUGUGUGUGUUUGUGUGAGUGUGCUGUGUGUGGGGGAAUGUGUAAUUUAAAGCUUGUGGUGUGUCCCAGGUCAGCGGAACUCCUCAGCCUUUAUCCACAGAAUGCCUCCUUCAGGGAUCUUUCCUGCUUAACCUGAGGGUGACAUAGCUGAGCAGGUGUUCAUUACCUCAGUGAGAAGCCAGCUUUCCUUUCCAGGCCAUUUUUUCUGAAGAGAAGGGCAGGGCUGAGUCUCUCAUUCCAGAGGAAGCGGCCUUGAUUCUACUUUGAGUUUAUGGUUCUCAGGCCUGACUCUCAGUGGCUCUGAUAGCAACUGCUGCUGGGCUUGGCAGUCUUGUGUCAGCUGGGCCUUUAUCUCCUUUCCCUUCCCUCAGGCUGAAGAAGAAAUCAGAGGCAAGCUGAACCAUCAGAGUUGCCUGUGCCUUUUGCCAUCACCUCAAUCCAGUAUGGUUCCCUCAUAAAGGGAGUCCUUGCUAGCAAUUGUGUUGGGAGUGAGGAUGGUAGGGCUACUCAGGGGUCGUGCAUGGCCUGGAUGAAUGUGCCAGGGUCCCCAGUUCAUAAUCAUAACUCUUAAUAUUUGUCUCAUUGGCAGCUCCACCCUAGAAGUUCGUUUAGAAGAAGUGCGUCACCCUUAGACCAGCAUCACUUCUUUACCUUCCACUUCCACACUCUCACUACUGUAAACAUACUGGGAAUUUCUUUCAUGACCAAAUGCUUUUCCUCCCAGGGUGAGUGCUACGAUUAGAGCCUGAGGUCUGGCCCCACUCUUCAGGCCCUCCCCGCCUUGUCCAAGGCACCUCCACGCCUUGUCCAAGGCACCUCCACACACCCAACCUGGUGCUAACGUGCGCUACAUUCAUCCAUGCGGCUGAUUACACUUAUCUACCUCUUGGCUGUCUUGUGAAUGAAUAGUUCCCAUGGGUCUCUGAGUCUGCUGGGCAUAAGUGCCACAUUUGGAAUGAUGGGCCAGUUGUAUCAGCAUGUGUGGCCUAUUCUCCUAUGGGCUGGGCAACCUCAUUUUAACUCAGUCUUUAAUUUGGGAAGCUGUGAGUGCAAUUUUAUUUUAUUUUUUCAUUGGGUCACCUGAAACCAUGAUGAGGCUUGUUUAAUCUAAAGGAAUAUGUAUAUAAACACACUUGCAUAUACUUGUAAUUUUAUUUGAUGGUGAGGAGGGAGAAUGUUAAAAAAAAAAAAACCUACACAGACUUGGACUGGAUUCAAACCCUCCCACUUGGCAUCAUUCAUAGCAAGUUGCUGCCCAGUUGCUAGGUCUGUAAGGGCCCUCUCAUUCUGGAAGCCUUUGGGGAUGGACCCAUGGGCAUGUUGGGCUCUUUCUAAGGAGAUGGAAUACAGGCUGUUCUUUUUUCCUAGCCAUACAGUAGCUCCAUUGGUGUUUACCUUAGUCUAACAUUAACAACUAUCUUCACUGCCAUUCAUCAAGAAAAAGGGAAGGACCUAUACACAGUGGUCUGAUGAUCCAAGAAAUCUAAGCCCUAGCCUCAGUAUUGCAGCUAAGGAAUUUUUAACUUCGAUUAAGGCAAGUCUCCCUGGGGCUCAAUUUUCUAUUUUGAAAAAUGGUAGGCUUGGACCAGCCACUCUAGAAGGUCUCUUACAGUAUUGAUAUUCUAAGAUGCUGGGACUUCCUGAGACAUCAAAUGUACAGUCAAGAUUCUGUGAGAUGUUGUUACUAUUUGUUGUUAUAGUUGGGAGAUCUGAGAGACCUGGCUUUGGCAAGCUCAGAUAUCAUUCCAUAUCACCUUACCCAAUGAAAGAGCCUCAUUUUUUUAAUAAUAAAUUUAUUUUUUAUUGGUGUUCAAUUUGCCAACAUACAGAAAAACACCCAGUGCCCUUCCUCAACAUUUGUUAGCAGUUACUCUCCUGAUGUAGCACUCAAGCUCCACUUAGUUUAUUAUUUCCUAGUUCACUUCGCACACAUUUGCAUCCAUGCAUAUGGAAGAGGCAUCCGUAAGAAGUAGCUGAAAUAUAUAUUCUGUAUUCGUGUGUUAACAUUGAGAAUAAGCCUUGGAAUUAGAAAUGGGGCAAAUGACUGAGCCUUGUCUCACCCAUGGAUUACCCUUUAGUGAAGGGGAUGGAAGUGCAGUAGAGGGAUGGUAGUACAAUAGAGGGUUGAGUCCAAGAAGUUUCAAACCUAACUAUACCCUUUGGCUACUGAGACAAGAGUCUAUUAGAGUAGUAGUUGGACAUUUUAUUUAGAUAAGAUGGUUUAUAUAAAGAAACUAUAUCAAAAGAGGAAGAACAUAUAUUUAUAAGAUUAAAAAAAUCAGUAGGACUCUUGUCUGAGCUUCUGGAACGAGGCUUCUAGGUUUUAAAAGACCAAUACUCUUUGUAUAUGGGGAGAACCUGUUCACGAGAUAGCAAAGAAAAGUCAGUUUUGGCAUCACAUGGGGUGAACAUCUAAAUAGUAUUUUGGCAUCAGCACAGCCCCAAAAGGUUAUUAUUCAUGCUCAGCUCCUCUGGAAAUAAUUUAUGUUCAAUCUCAGGGUCUGUGGACAGUAAUGGGAAGCUCUGAACGUUCCUGACAAGUUGUCCCAUAAGGAGUCAGUUCUUUACCUCUCAGAUAUUCUUAGACCAUCCAUGACUUCAAGAUACUUUUCUUUGUUAAGUAUUCCUGGUUGAAAUGACUUAAGUGCCUUCCUGACUUCCCAGCCACCCCCCUGUUUGAGUUGUGCAACAGUGAAUUAAAUGUGUUUUCCAAAUUGA